AGAGAGAGAGAGAGAGAGAGAGAAGCAAUUAAUGGGGUGAGUUAAUUCAUUAGAACAAGAGCGGGGGGGUUGAUGUGCGCCCACUUUCCCCUCUUCUUCCGACGGCUACUUCGGGUUUGCUGUUCCCCCCACCACCUACCUCUUCUUGUAACUCCCCGAUCCCCAUCUUUUCUACUACUUACUGCGCUCUCUCUCUCUCUCUCUCUCUUCCGUUCUUUAAUCUUUUCCUCUCCUUUUAGUUUGGGCUUUUAGUAUUUUGCUCAUCGACACUACUCUUGGGUGCGGCUGUUGUUGGUGUUAGUAUUUUAGUGUGUGGGUGGGUGAUGAGGUAGACAAGGAGGUGUGUGGGGGGAGGGUCAUGUCAUGUGGCCAAAGCCAGCAAAGAUGCUGCUGCUACUGCUGCUUUGAUCUACCCUUUAUAAAAAGAGCUUUUUGGGCUCUCUUUUCGGCGUUCUGCUCCACCUUCAGUGUGGAUUUCCACUACCUAGUCUCGCUCGUCCUCUUCUUCUGCUGCUGAGGAGCAGAGAUUUGAUACGCAGGAAGACUUAGGGAGAGAGAGAAAGUGUGUUUUCUUCUUCUGUUGGAGCGAGGGAGAAGGAGAGACAGAGAUAGAGGAUGGGGGAGAAGGAUGGCCUCAAGGAGGCUGUCGAUAUGGAUGCCCUCCUCAAGGAAGCUGUCGAUCUGGAGAACAUCCCUUUGGAGGAGGUGUUCGAGAACCUGAGGUGUACCCGGGAGGGCCUCACCACGCAGCAGGCCGAGGAGCGCCUCGCCAUCUUCGGCCACAACAAGCUCGAGGAGAAAAAGGAGAGCAAGAUCUUGAAAUUUUUGGGGUUCAUGUGGAACCCUCUGUCCUGGGUCAUGGAAGCAGCCGCCGUGAUGGCCAUCGCGCUCGCCAACGGAGGGGGGAAGCCUCCGGAUUGGCAGGACUUCGUUGGAAUCAUAACCUUGCUCGUGAUUAACUCGACGAUUAGCUUCAUCGAGGAGAACAAUGCCGGCAAUGCUGCCGCUGCGCUCAUGGCACGCCUCGCGCCCAAAGCCAAGGUGCUUAGGGAUGGUCGGUGGAAAGAGGAGGAAUCUGCCAUCCUUGUUCCCGGAGAUAUCAUUAGCAUCAAGCUUGGAGACAUCAUCCCUGCAGAUUCUCGUCUGCUUGAUGGAGAUCCUUUGAAAAUAGAUCAGAGUGCCCUUACCGGAGAGUCUUUACCAGUUACCAAAGGUCCUGGCGAUGGUGUGUAUUCUGGUUCCACUUGCAAGCAAGGUGAGAUUGAAGCUGUUGUCAUUGCUACAGGUGUGCAUACCUUCUUUGGCAAGGCUGCACAUCUCGUGGACUCCACUAACCAAGUUGGGCACUUUCAAAAGGUCCUGACGGCCAUUGGGAAUUUCUGCAUUUGCUCAAUUGUAGUUGGAAUGUUUGUGGAAAUUAUUGUGAUGUAUCCAAUUCAGCACCGAGCCUAUCGCCCAGGAAUUGACAAUCUUUUGGUUCUUCUCAUUGGAGGAAUUCCCAUAGCUAUGCCAACUGUUCUGUCAGUCACAAUGGCAAUUGGUUCCCAUCGCUUAGCUCAGCAGGGAGCUAUCACAAAGCGGAUGACUGCAAUCGAAGAAAUGGCUGGGAUGGAUGUGCUAUGCAGUGACAAGACUGGAACACUUACUUUGAACAAGCUCACAGUAGAUAAGAAUCUUGUCGAGAUUUUCACAAAAGGUGUAAGCCAGGACACUGUAAUUUUGAUGGCUGCUAGAGCCUCUAGAACUGAAAACCAAGAUGCUAUAGAUACUGCUAUAGUUGGGAUGCUUGCUGAUCCAAAGGAGGCACGGGCUGGUGUUCAAGAAGUUCAUUUCCUGCCAUUUAAUCCGACUGACAAGAGGACUGCUUUGACUUACAUUGAUAAUGAGGGGAAAAUGCAUCGGGUUAGCAAAGGUGCACCAGAACAGAUAUUGAAUCUGGCACACAAUAAGUCUGAGAUUGAGCGCAGGGUCCAUGCUGUGAUCGACAAGUUUGCAGAUCGUGGCCUUCGGUCACUUGCUGUUGCAUAUCAGGAAGUUCCAGAGGGAAGGAAAGAAAGUCCAGGAGGUCCAUGGCAAUUUAUCGGUCUCAUGCCACUUUUUGACCCUCCUAGACAUGACAGUGCAGAAACAAUUCGCAGGGCUCUGAAUCUUGGUGUCAAUGUCAAAAUGAUCACAGGUGAUCAGCUGGCAAUAGGGAAGGAAACUGGCCGUCGUUUGGGGAUGGGUACAAACAUGUAUCCUUCGUCUGCUCUGUUGGGACAAAACAAGGAUGAGUCAAUAGCUGCUUUGCCAAUUGAUGAAUUAAUUGAGAAGGCUGAUGGUUUUGCUGGUGUAUUUCCAGAGCACAAAUAUGAGAUCGUUAAACGCUUGCAAGCAAGGAAGCAUAUCUGUGGUAUGACUGGUGAUGGAGUGAAUGAUGCUCCUGCUCUAAAGAAGGCUGAUAUUGGAAUAGCAGUUGCAGAUGCAACAGAUGCAGCUCGUAGUGCAUCUGAUAUCGUACUCACAGAACCUGGUUUGAGUGUUAUCAUCAGUGCUGUCCUUACCAGUCGUGCAAUUUUCCAGCGGAUGAAAAAUUACACUAUAUAUGCAGUUUCCAUUACAAUCCGUAUUGUGCUUGGAUUUAUGCUGCUUGCGCUUAUAUGGAAGUUUGACUUUCCACCUUUUAUGGUCCUUAUCAUUGCAAUUCUCAAUGAUGGUACCAUAAUGACCAUAUCGAAAGACAGGGUCAAACCAUCUCCUCUUCCUGACAGCUGGAAACUUGCUGAGAUUUUUGCAACUGGAAUCAUUCUGGGUGGUUACUUGGCAAUGAUGACAGUCAUUUUCUUUUGGGCUGCUUAUAAAACUAAUUUCUUCCCGCGGAUUUUCAAGGUUGAAAGUCUUGAGAAAACAGCCCAGGAUGACUUUCAAAAGCUGGCAUCUGCGGUCUACCUGCAAGUGAGCACCAUUAGUCAGGCACUGAUCUUUGUGACAAGAUCACGCAGUUGGUCCUUUGUUGAGCGGCCUGGUUUCUUGCUUGUGACUGCUUUCUUGGUUGCUCAGCUGAUUGCUACUCUGAUAGCUGUGUAUGCCGACUGGAGCUUUUCUGCAAUUAAAGGGAUCGGAUGGGGAUGGGCUGGUGUUAUUUGGCUUUACAACAUAAUCUUCUACUUUCCACUGGAUAUCAUAAAGUUCCUGAUCCGCUAUGCUCUGAGCGGGAGGGCAUGGGAUCUCGUCAUCGAACAAAGAAUUGCUUUCACGAGACAGAAGGAUUUUGGAAAGGAAGCAAGGGAGCUCAAGUGGGCACAUGCUCAGAGAACAUUGCAUGGUCUGCAACCACCUGACACCAAGAUGUUUGGCGACAGGAGCAGCGUUACAGAGCUAAACCAGAUGGCAGAAGAGGCCAAAAGGAGAGCUGAGAUCGCAAGGCUGAGGGAACUACACACUCUCAAAGGACAUGUGGAGUCCGUGGUAAGGUUGAAGGGCUUGGAUAUAGACACAAUUCAGCAAGCCUACACGGUAUGAUUCCCAGGUUGCGAUGCCAGAGGGCUGUAAGCCAGCCACUGAGUUCGGCUGAAUCAUCCACAUAUGCUUCUGCUGUUGUUUGAAGAGUGAAGUGAGUGAAAUCUUCACUAUCCGAGUUGUAAUCCAUCAUCCUACACCUGACCUCCUGCAAUUUUAUAUAUCAUGGUGAUCGUGUAGAACCUUUGUUUUCCAACUGUGUGCAUUGUAUGAGGCGACGGUUUUGUCUCUUGUUUUAACGACAGUCAUUUUGCCCCAUUCUCAUUCA